CCAUAUUAGCCGAACAGAUCUUGGUAAGAUAAAAAAAAAAAAAUCCACUCUCCCCUUUCAAUCGACACGUCUUUGCGUUCUGCUUCAGUAUUAUCCCAAACAGAGUGUUGAAUGAGUAGUUGCACAGCACAGUGAUGAGUGUUCAGCUAUCAGCUUUAUGGGUCCCCAACUCUCCGUCAAUUCCCACAAACUUCCUUCCCAACCGUCGAAGAUUCUCCGUAUCGGCUCUCUCAUCCCAAUCCCCCACUAUUCAGAUAAUUGGCGUGGGAGGCCCCAGUUGGAGGGAUAAUGGAUAUGGAAAUCCCAACGGCAACUUAUUUGAUGGGUUUCAAGGAGAGAGUGAUCAUUGGAGUGACCUGGACACUGAUCUUUAUCACUGGACAAAGACAUUGCGCCCUGUGCAGUGGUUUCCUGGUCAUAUUGCAAAAGCAGAAAAAGAACUGAAGGAGCAGCUCAAGUUGAUGGAUGUUGUGAUAGAGGUGCGGGAUGGACGAAUUCCCAUGUCCACAAGUCAUCCACAGAUGGAUGUAUGGCUUGGAAAUAGAAAGAGAAUUUUGGUCUUAAAUAGAGAAGACAUGAUAUCAACUGCAGACCGCAAUGCUUGGGCAGAUUAUUUUACUAGGAAUGGAACAAAGGUUGUCUUCUCCAAUGGGAAGCUUGGAAUGGGAACAAUGAAGCUAGGCCGGUUAGCAAAGGAAUUAGCAGCUGAUGUAAAUAUUAAGCGUAGAGCCAAAGGGCUACUUCCUCGUGCGAUUCGAGCUGGAAUAGUUGGAUACCCUAAUGUCGGAAAAUCAUCUUUGAUCAACCGUUUGUUAAAGCGAAGAAUGUGCCCAGCAGCUCCCAGGCCAGGAGUUACAAGAGAGUUGAGGUGGGUUCGUUUUGGGAAAGAUCUUGAACUGCUGGAUUCUCCCGGGAUACUCCCAAUGCGAAUCAGUGAUCAGUCAGCGGCUAUAAAACUCGCCAUAUGUGAUGAUAUCGGAGAGAGGUCCUAUGAUGUGGCUGAUGUUGCUGCAAUUCUUGUGCAGAUGCUCACAAAGCUUCCCACAGUAGGAGGAGAUACUCUUCGUAAACGGUACAAAAUUGAUGUAGAUAGUAAAAAUGGUAAAAUAUUCAUAGAGAAGCUUGCAGUUCGAAUAUUUAAUGGAGAUGUUCAUCAAGCAGCAUUCCGUGUCCUAGCAGAUUUUAGAAAAGGAAAGUUUGGUUGGACGGCACUGGAGAGGCCCUCUAGGUGAAGGCACAUGUUUGCAUGAGAGCAGAAUUCUCCGAAGCUUGAUUUGAAAAUUAUAAGACCUCCUGAAACUGACUGCAGAAGACAACUCCAGAUGGAUUAAGAUGAAUGUGGAUAUUGUGGUUAUGAAUGACAUUGUGGAAGAGAAAGGUGAAUGUUCCCACAAGACUGCAUUUGAAGCCUUGAGGCACACGAAAGAAAGGAUUUAAAGCCAUUUUUACUAUGUAAUUUGGUGUCAUGCAUCACCGUGUCUGUAUAUAACUAGUAGUGUGCUUUGGGACGGGAGUUUGUAUGCUUGAUGAUAGUAUAUAUUUAAUCAUUAUAGGUAGAUGUUUCUUAAAAUGAGGGUUUAUGCUUUUAGUUUUUUAAUGAUCUUCUAGCUUAUUUUGCUAAACAGAUAAGCAUGGUUGAACCAAAGCAAUAAAAUGGUAAAGACGAAAUGGUGUAGCUUUGCACGGUUACAUACACAUAUACACUACUUGAACUUGUCCUCACCUAUCUUUCAGGGCGCAGUGGUGUGUGUAGCUUUGCUCUUUGUUACGGCCAAAAAAAAUCACAUUCUGUGGAGCUGGAACAUGGUACCGAUUAUGGGUCUGGAUUAAUAAACCUGGAUUAAUUAUAUACCAUGAUGAUUUAAUACUAUUAAAAUAUGGAUUGGAACCAAUGGGAAUCUGAUAGUUUAUUCAUUUCCAUUCUUAAACCUCAUACUUUAAGCCACUCACCUUUUUAUAUUUGGUGAUUCUUUGUCUAAAUCUGAAGGAAUAAAAGCACAAUAUAAUCUUUACCAGCACAGUAACACUUACCUUGAGAAGGGGGAAAAGUGGUUAACCGGUGGGAAUAUAUUAAAGGUACACAUACUUCGUCCAUUGGAGUUUCGCAGAUCCUUAGAAAGCGCAGCGUUGAUAGAGUCCACUCUUUACAGUACUUACCGUCAAGGCCAUAACAUAUCCAACCAGGUACUACAGCAAAGUCAUAUGAAUUGUAAGGGAUAAAAUUUCAUCACAAUCUCUAUGUGAUUUCAAGCUUGCAAUUACAAACAAGGGGCAAAUAAAAUACAAAAAAAAAAAAAAAA